GGUUUUGACAUCUUCUUCACUUCAAAAAGGGAUUGUAGUUUUAUCCAUUUCCCCAUCAAUGGAGCUUCUAAACUCUGCUCUUCCUAAUGGCUUCUUCAAUUUCUCGUCUCUGUCGUCGAAAUCCAACAAGAGAAACCAACAUAGAUUCAACUUGCCCAGCUCCAAGUUCCCGUACUACCGCGCUUCAUUUCUCCGAGUAUCGGCUCGGUUCGGGGAGACCUCGAGGCGACGUAAUACACUGAGGAAGAAGAUUAUCGGUGAUGAGAAUUGGCGUCCGAACCCGAUUCCUUGUGACCAAGGUACGCAAUCUCGAAACGGAAACCACAAUUUCGAUCAUAGUGAUGAUUUGGUCGAGUUUGGUAGCACAGAGGGAUUGAAAGAUAAGGUUUCUCAAGAUUCGACUUUGUUGAAUGAGCUUCAAGACUGGGUUUGUCGGUAUAAGCAGGAAGCAGAGUAUUGGGGGAUUGGUUCGAAUCCCAUUUUCACUGUCCAUCAGGAUUCGCUUGGAAACGUGGAGAAAGUAGUUGUUGACGAAGACGAAGUCUUGAGUAGAAAAUCUGGUCUCGAGGAUUUGGAAGCAGCGAGUUCUAGGGUUCUAUAUGCGAAGAAAUUAGCUGAACAAAUGGAGAAUGGAGAAAAUGUGUUAAAUAAGGAUUCUUCUCUGGUCAAGUUUGUUUCUUCUUCUUCUUCUUCUUCUUCUUCUUCAAAGGAAGAGCUUCAGUUAGUUACCUCAAUCCAAAACGCAAUUCUUCGUCUCGACUUAAUUCCCAAGUUGCCGGCGAUUGGAAGAGCUGUUUUGUGUGGUUACAUAGGACUCUGGCUGCUGAAGAUGGUGCUUGUGUAUAGGAAGUGUAAUGAGGUUGAGUGCACAGAGUUGGAGAAGGAGAUGAUGAGGAGAAAGAUGAAAGCUUGGAAGGAAAAGAAAAUGGUGGAGAAAGGUACCGUGGAAGUUUUGCAGGAGGAGAGUUUGGAAAAGCCAUUGGUGUCGUUUGAGAAGCCUAAGUUUGAUCGUAAAGAACUUAUGAGUAGUAUAUCUAGAGUAAAGGGUUCAGAGAAGAAAUUGGAACUCUUGAAUUCUUCUCACGGUGAGAGUGGUGAAUCCAUGGACUUUGAUAAUAAGAUCCUUGAAAUCAAAUCAAUGGCUAGACGAGCCCGGGAGAUAGAAGCUGGCAUAGAACUUAAUGAAAAGGAGAAGCGCGAUGCGAACAAAGAAUCGGGCGACUAUGAUGAAGAUAUAAACAUGCGGUCACAGAACAGUCUUCCACGUAAGGGUUUGACACAGAGUGAAGGUGAUGAUGACGAUAGAUAUGAAAGCUUGGGGACUUCGACUGAAAGUGAUGAAGAUAAAACUGAACUUUCUGAUUUGGCUAUUCCGAUGGUGAAUGGAGCUAUGGUAGAUUCUGGGUUUCUGAAUCGUGAAAUGGCAGCAUCUGACGCAGAAAAGGUGAGUAAUUUGGUUCCUAGAGACGGAAUCAUCCAAACGUCUGAUGUUUCUAAGGAUAAGCUGAGUAUGAUAAAGAAUAAUAGCAGUGGUCGUAGUAAGUCACGGGUCAUACGUUCUGUAAAAGAAGCUAAAGAGUUCCUUUCAAGAAGAGGUGGUGAGAAAGAGCUUACUCAGGACAUUGACGAAAUCUUCCCAGAGCAGAGCGAUGAAGAGCAUAGUGAAGCUAGAAUAUACGAAUUGGUUGAGAAAAAGAAAAUCCUUGGUGCAGUUGUCAAUGGAACCUUGAAAGCUGCACCUGAGUCUACAUCUUCUGAAGCGUCAGGGAAGGAUGUUGAUUCCCGACCCCAUAAGAACACAGUUAAGGGACCGGGCAAGCAAGGAAACUCUGAAAACAAAAUAGAAGAGCGCGAAACAAGUCUUUGCGAAUCAGUGGAAAGUUCGUCUGGUGGUACUGAACAUUUAGAGAAGGAACAACGAUCAGGGAAGGAGAAGGAGAACUUGAUGGAGAAACACUACCAUGAAUUUGAACCUAUUGCUGAAAAAAUGAGAGCUGGAUUUAGAGAGAAUUAUAUGGCUGCAAGAGAGAAAGAAACUCAGGAGCCAGGUACGAUUGCUGAGAUUGCAGAACUUUACCGCAAUGAGGAUAAUGAUGAGCUUGAGUGGAUGAAGGACGAAAAGCUAAGUGACAUUGUCUUCCAUGUUCGAGAUAAUGAGCUGGCUGGUAGGGAUCCAUUUCACCUGAUUGACGCCGAAGACAAGGCUAUGUUUUUGCAAGGCUUGGAGAAGAAAGUUGAGAGAGAAAAUGAGAAACUGUCUCAUCUGCAUAACUGGAUUCAUUCAAACAUUGAAAAUCUCGACUACGGAGUAGAUGGCAUCAGUGUGUAUGAUCCACCAGAGAAAGUCAUACCGAGAUGGAAAGGGCCUUCGCUUGAGAAGAACCCUGAGUUUCUCAAUAACUAUCGUGAACAGCGUGAGGCAUUGUUUUCUGGAAAGGCUGCGUCUGUGUCUCCUGUGAAAAAGGAAAAACAGAGCUCUCUUCAGGAAUCAUCACAGUCUGUUUCCUCUGAGAACACUCUCACUUCUUCAACUGAGAUUACCUCAAGCCAGCCAAAGAUUGUCGUAGAAGGAAGUGAUGGAUCUGUUAGACCCGGGAAAAAGUCAGGAAAAGAGUAUUGGGAGCACACGAAGAAAUGGUCACGCGGGUUCUUGGAGUUGUACAAUGCAGAGACUGAUCUAGAAGUGAAAGCUGUUAUGAGAGACAUGGGAAAAGACUUGGACCGAUGGAUUACAGAAGACGAAAUCAAAGACGCAGCUGAUAUAAUGGAAAAGCUGCCAGAGAGGAACAAGAAGUUCAUGGAAAAGAAACUCAACAAACUCAAGAGAGAGAUGGAGUUGUUUGGUCCUCAAGCUGUUGUGAGCAAAUACCGCGAGUAUGGAGAAAAUAAGGAAGAAGAUUAUCUAUGGUGGUUGGAUCUUCCGCACGUACUGUGCCUUGAGUUGUACACAGUUGAUGAGAAAGGAGAGCAACAAGUAGGGUUCUACACAUUGGAGAUGGCAACAGAUCUCGAGUUAGAACCCAAACCACAUCAUGUGAUUGCUUUCGAGGACGCUGCAGACUGUAGAAACCUCUGUUACAUUAUUCAAGCUCAUUUGGAUUUGCUAAGAACUGGAAACGUUUUCAUUGUUCCGCGCCCGCCAAAGGAUACAUUUCGAGAAGCUAAGGCGAAUGGGUUUGGUGUAACGGUUAUCAGGAAAGGAGAACUGAAGUUGAAUAUAGACGAGCCAUUAGAAGAAGUAGAGGAAGAGAUAUGUGAGAUAGGAAGCAAGAUGUACCAUGAUAAGAUCAUGGGAGAUCGAUCUGUGGAUAUAAGCUCGUUGAUGAAAGGUGUCUUCAACCUCAAGACGAAACCCACCGGCCGAAGAAGAAGACGAUCGAAGCGGGCUCUGAAAGAUUCUAACUAGAAAAGUAGCUGAGGCAUUAAGCCAAAGGGCCUAGCAUUAGCAUUAGUUGGGAUGGGGACAGCAGCCCCAGUAAACAAAUAAUUAUUGUAAGUUCUUAAGGAUAAUAACUAUUGGUCUCCGAUAAUAUAUUUGUUCCCAUUAAUUUU